AGAGCGAGAAUUAUUAAAUCGAUUUUAUACGAUCAUAUAAACGUAGCUACGGACAUUACAUCGACCAUUCCUAGACUCUCGUGUAAACGUAGUCGUAAUCUGUCGUCACGAGUCGUACGUGACGUAGGGGUGGAUGUUCUCGACUGAAUCCAUUUUCAAUACGUUUGACAGAUGACGGGCCGCCAGUGUUUGGCAAUUUCGACAAAGUGAAAAUUGUACAAGCAGGACCAUAUGGAAGCGGUACCGAGAUUACCAAUGAUAUGGUUCCAUUUAAAGGUUAGUCCGGAGCCCACUGCCUUCGGACCAAAACUGAAACAGUACAUACGAGAUUUUUACAAUGAGGACGCCGAGUCGUACACGAACGAAAUACAUCAAUUGGAGAGUCUACGUUCGAUGGCGGUUAGACCACCCAUUGAUAUGGCUGGUUGUGUGCUCCUGAAAAAAUAUUAUUGUCAGUUGCACUUUCUUCAAAGUAGAUUUCCCAUGGGCAAGGAUGGUGUUGCUGCAGUCACAUUUACUUGGAGAGACACAUAUGCAAAUAUGGUCUGUUCAUUGGCUAACAUCCGUUUUGAAAUAAUAUCUAUUUUGUACAAUAUUGGCGCAAUACAUACCCAAUUGGGUGCGCGUAGUGAAAGAAUCAGUGCUGAUGGCAUGAAGAUAGCAUGUACUCAUUUCCAAUGUGCAGCAUGGGCUUUUGAACAUUUGAAGAACAGUUACCCACAACCGUCUGGUGUGGAUCUAGCGCCAGAGUUAAUGACUUUCAUGCAUCAGCUUUGCUUGGCUCAAGCUCAAGAAUGCAUACUGGAAAAGAGCAUGUUGGAUAAUCGUAAGCCGACAAUAGUUGCAAAAGUUGCAAGACAGGUAGUGGAUUACUUCACUCUGGCGCUAAACACAUUGGAGCAAGGCGGAGGUGAAGAUGGAACUAUAUCUGAUACUGUGGGUACCAAAUUUUACAAGAGCUGGAAAUAUUAUGUCAACUUUAAAAAGGCAUACCACUUGUCAGUUACAUAUCUUUAUCAAGGCCUUGCUGCUGAAGAACAAAGAAAAAUGGGAGAACGAGUAGCUUUUUAUAAUGUCGCGUUAGCAUCCCUCAAUGAAGCGCAUGGAAUUUAUUCAAAUGCUAAAGGGUUGAUUGGUAUGACUAGCACUUCAAAGGGAAAAACCAUGGUAGAAGAAGCACUCACGUUUACUAACGACGUGAUAGAAGGCAAGAGAAAAGCUGCCAAAAACGAAAAUGAGUUCAUCUAUCAUGAGGAAGUGCCAGAAAAGGAAAUGCUUCCAUCUGUGAAAGGAGCUUCUCUAGUUAAAGGUGUGUCGUUUAAUAUAAAUGAUUCAGAAGUCUCAGGACCAGAUAUAUUUGCGAGAUUAGUUCCUAUGAAAGUGCACGAAGCUAGUUCCCUUUAUUCAGAAGAGAAGGCCAAAAUACUACGUUCCGUUGGAGCUAAAAUCGAGGAGAAAGAUCAGUAUCUCAACACUUACUUGACUUCCUUAAAAUUAGAACAUAUGAACUUAUGGGACCCUGACACACAAACAUCAGAUUGGGAGUGUUUACCUCUCCCCGAAGAACUAGUCGAACGAUGCGCCGCACUUAAUGCCAAACAGAACGUCAUUCAGGAUCUAAUAGAUAUUAUGGAGAAGCUUUCUGAUACAAGUCAAGACGUUGAAAAAGUAUCAAAAGAGAUAUCGAAGCUUCUAUUGGACGAGGAAUUGAAAGAAAAGCAAUAUCAGGAGGCAGUAGGUAAGAGGCCACCAUCCAUAGUAGCGACAGAUUUAACUAGAGAGGCCAAGAAGUACGAAGAAGCGCAUAACAAAGCCUCUGAGAGCAACCAAGCUCUUCACAAAGCGAUAACAAUGCACGUGAAGAACUUGAAAAUCCUCGCGCAACCAUUAGCUGAUCUAAUGGCACAUAUCCCUUCGCCAAAUGCAUAUUUGUCCGAUCAAAGUUCUGAGAAAUCGCAAAACUCAAAGGAGAUAGAAAAGAUGCAUACUAAAGAACUGAAACGUAUAUUAAAUAAAGUGGACGAAAUGCGAAUGCAAAGGCAUGAUUUGCACACUAAAUUACGAGAUUCAAUUGCACAGGACGACCUGACGCGCUUACUAGUCACAGCGACUUCUGAAUCCGGUCCCCUAGAUCGUUUAUUUGCGGAUCAGCUUAGCAAACAUCAGAGUCUGGUAAAUUUAAUAGAACAAAAUCUUGCUGCACAAGAUAACAUACUGGCAGCUCUAACCGACGUGUACGCACAGACUGCAAACGUACGCAAGAACGUUGAGGAAAUGCUGAAACGUCGAGAGAUCACGAUAUCCUCCUUGAUCACGUCUUAUGACGCGUACGAGGAUUUAUUGGCGAAAUCGAGUAAGGGCUUGGAAUUUUACAGAAAGCUAGAAAUCAAUGUUUCGAAGCUGCUGCAACGAGUCAAGAGUACAUGCAAGGUGCAAGAGGAGGAACGGGAGCAGAUACUCGCGCAAGACAGCAAGAAUACGUACGAGAAGACUGAGUCAACGACACCGUCGACUUAUGAUCAAGGACGACCUCCUCGAUCAAACGGCCUGAAACUGAAAGAUUAUCUGAACAAUAGAAUCGAAAGCGGUACUGGUUAUCAAAAUCCUUAUUACAAUUUACAAUACAAAGGACACGUCACGGCAAUGCAAAUGCCGGACUCGAAGACACUGGCAACCGACGUGACGGAUAAAACUCUCAUUCAGUCCGGCACGAUACCCGCCGCGUCCGAGAUCUCGUCUUCGUCGAUGAAGUCGUCGCAGCAUUAUUACCCCGUGACCUAUGCGGAUUACAGAAGCACGGGUUCCCCGUACUCCUACAAUACUCAGAACUACUACGAAAAUCCGAUCAAUAGUGCCAUGAAUCAAAACUACUUGCCGACCACCAGUACGAUCGCCACGAACGUCUACCAGCAACCGAUCUUCUCUGCUUCGAGUGCGAACGCAUCUACCUCGGGCGUUCAGUAUCCCGCGAGUUCUUAUCUAUCGAACGGACAAGCGGUCUCUGCGUCCACCAACGGACAGGACAAGUACCAUAACGCGUCGCAGUCUGCUUAUAACGUCUCCAACAACGCUCUGCAAUAUGACGCAUAUCACCAAUCUGUGGCGGGUUACAACAACAGUUACAACAUUGUGACACCGUACGUUCCUAAUCAAGACAAGGCCGCAGCUAUUGUUAAAAGUGGCACACCGGAAAUGCCAUCGCAAGUCCAGCCAGUGUCACAAAUACCUGUUUCUACGAUCGGCGCGGCUGCGAGCGUCACGAUGCCAAUAGACGGCCAGACGCACACUUACAGCAUUGUGCAGCAGGAUCAGCAAUACGAUAACCAACAAAAGACUGUCUUACCGAGCCAAGAGAUAUCUCACGGUGGUCAAAAUGCUGUCAGACCUCAGCCGACACUCCCGACGAAGGACAACACGCCGACUCAGAGCUACUCCUUACCUCAAGCUGCCGGCCAAGCCGAGAUGACGUACCCGCAGAACUACCCGGUCACCGCGUACUACAAUCCGGCGGAACUCCAAGCGACUCAGCAAGUCCCGUUCACUCACGGCACGUACGAUACAACACAAUAUAUGCAGUCGCAACAACCAAGCACUAACAAUCAGCCGGUACACUCCGCGACGUCGGCGAGUGAGAUCUCAGCGGUGUCGUACGUUUCAAAUCUGCAAACCGGCGUGGUGAAUCCCACGCAGUAUCCGCAACAGACGAACAGCAUGGAUCAGGGCAAACAGGCAUACACGGAUAACACAUAUGCCUCGUACGGCGCCACGCAGAUGCAGGUGAACCAGGUCACUCCGAGUUAUCCGAAUACUUAUCAGAAUUAUCAGCACGGCGCUACUACCGCCACGCCGUACCAGCAACAGACUGGCAUACAAGCCGCGGACACGUCCAACACAUACGCUUAUCUGAAUAACUCAAACAGCUCGGAGAUGAUACAGAGCCACGCGAAGUCGAUGACAGUGCAAAACUAUUCGCAAUCGUAUCAGUACCCGCAUCAGGACGCUUACGCGAGUUACGCGCAGUACCCGAGUUAUUCGCAGGGUCAAAGUUACGCGUAUAUGCAGCAGCCCGGCGCUCACGGCGCGAUGACGUACAAUCCUGCUGGCCAGGCGCAGGGCUACGCCGCUUACGCGGCCAACAAUAUUCAGACCACGCAGGCUUCUCAAACGUUGGAGGAAACGGUCUCGAUGCCGUCCGUCAGCGUCACCGCCACUGCCACCGGCGGUUAUCAGCAACAAGAGACGAACGCGAGAUACACAAACGCGGGUAAUAACGCCGUAGUCACUCAGACGGCGUCCUCGCAGUAUAGUCAAGUUCCUCAGUCCCAAACGGGAAAUGACACGUAUUACACUACACCUUAUGGUCUUCAGAUGCAGCAGGGUCAAGUGAGCUCAGUUACGAGACCUGAAAAUCAUACCAAUUACAAUCAGACGUACAUGCAAGCGGUGAACAACGGGACGAACACAACAACAAGCGCAAAUCCGAUGAAACUCACCAUCAAGUCUGACGAGCCAAAAUCAAAUGUCGAUCUCUUGUCUGAUCUUGAUAUCACCAUAAAUCACGCACCUCUUGUGCCAGAAGUACGACCUCUUUCCACAGUACAGAAAAAAGAAGAGACUGCGACGAGUGAUACCGCGGAAAACGGCAAAGUGGAGAAGAGCGAACAGGAUAAAGCCCAAAAGACUGAAGCGGAAGCAACAACGUCCACCGAGGACAAGAAUGACCACGAGAACUUGCAGAUUGUAUGGGACACCUGGUACAACGACGUGCAACCGAAGAAGGAUCCUUUGGGGGAGCCAGCGGCGCUGCAAAAGUUCAUCAAUGACGUGGAGAAGUACGAGAAGUUCGUAGACAGUCUGCUCGUGAAAACUCUCAGCGGAGCUACAAACCUUGAUAUCAAAUGGAAGGAAGUGCAGGAUUUUGAAGAACGAGAAAAUGGAAAACAAUCGAGCACCGUGGCGUUAGCUCAUUCAUCCGAAAAUCGCGCGGUCGAUUGCAUCCCGUACGACACUACGAGAGUGCAGGUAUCCUCGUCGGACGUUUCAUCAUAUAUAAACGCGUCGCACGUCAUGGAAAUCACACAAUGGAUACCUACGGCAUUUAUCAUAACUCAAUCACCUUUGUCAGAUAAACAAGAUGUCUUCUGGACAAUGAUUUGGGAACAAGAGAGCGAAGUUAUCGCUUGCUUAGUGUCUGAUGCUCAGCUAAAUAACGAGAUAUACUGGCCCAUAAGUGAAGAGAACAAUUUAGAUGUAGGAAAUUUUACAAUUUCGCUACAAAAGACAGUGAACCACACAACCUAUGUUCAAAGAAUCCUCUCCAUACAACACAACAAAAAGAUAUCCGAAAGAGUUGUUGUACACAUGCAGUUCCUCGUGUGGCCUUCGAACGGUUUUCCAAGUAGCCCUGGCACUUUACUUGGAUUUUCGACUGACGUGAUGACAGAGCAGGCGUUAAGACGUUGCUCUCCCAAGCCAGUGAUUGUGCAUUGUUUGGAUGGUGGUUCGUUGAGUAGUCUGUUCUUAGUGGCCGCUGCAACAGUAUGUCAUAUACGGGCGGGUUGUGGGAUCGUAGACGUGCCACUGGUCUUUAAGGGCCUGGCGAAAUGUCGCAAACAAGUCGUGAAUAAAGAGUCGUUGUUGUUUGCGUAUAGACUAGUUUUGUAUCACGCUCAGGAUAUUUUAAUGAAACGCGGUAUUUUGUCAUCUACUCGAUCCACGUUUGAGAAUUUCGAUGGAUUCAAAGGGAACAAGGAGAAAGCGUUAAGAAGAUUGCAUCAGUGUCAUCCAUCGGACGAUUUUCUACAUAAUCUUGCCGUCGGAAUGCAUCGUUCUGAUACUGAACAAGGAAAGAUACAAGUAAGUGACAACGCGACAACUUCAACGUCAUCGCAAGAAAAAAAUAACGACGGAGUCGUUGAUCCUUUAAGCCAAUUGGAUCCUCUGUGGUCUAUCAGGAGAUAAUUAUAUAAUGUUAGGAAUGUGCAAAUUCCACUGUCCAGCUUUAAAUCGACGACUAUUUAAACAAGAUAGCCAUUCCUUAUCUUUGUUAAAGUGAUCAAGAAUGACGAGCUAUAAAAUAUGUAUAAAUGUUGCAAACGGAACUAGAACAAGGUAACAAUGCAUCUAAAUUAGCUUUGAAAUAAAAGACAUUUAUUCAAGUAUUUCCUAAUCCUUAAGUUUUAAGGGUUUACAAUCUGUUAAAUAUAUAUAUAGAAUAAAAAAUAUAAAAUGCAUGCUCCUAUUCGCAUUCAUUUCCAUAUUUAUACAUCUGUGGCCUAAGUGCAAUGCAAUCUAAUUACAUUGCCUUGUUCGAAUUUCAUUAUAUUUAGGCUGUAAUGUACGUUAAUCCACCUAUAGAUAGUCUUGCAUUUAAUUUUUAGUACCAACUUAAACAUUCGUGACCAUACUCGUGUCACCAAGCAAUAGCGUAAUAUAAUGUAAACUUUAUGAAAUAUUUAUUUACGACACGAUUUCUUGGAGAAUAAAAGGAUGCUUUCGAUAAUAUAAUUGUUCAAUACUGUAGCGCAUUAGAUGCGAAAUAUGUAUGAAACAAUCCUUUUUACUUAUAUUAAAAACAGACAUUUGCGAAUAUCCAUGAACAAUUAUCCUAAUUAGUCAUGUUUGUUCAAUGUUAUGACUUUAGUCGAAAUUCAAUACCGGGAGAAAUACAUGCAAAACAUACAUUUCGAAAUUUUGAUAAAUUGUAUAUAUUUAUAUUUAAUAUCGUUUUCAUGUUUACGGCGAGAGUUUAUCUACAAAAGUUUCGGUUACACGGGAUAUAUUGAGAUACAAUCUGAUACGCCGUAUGUGAGUAUCAGAUUUCGCAGUGUUCAUCGCGAAACGCAUGCGUAAGUAAAUGUAAAUAUAAAAAAAAAAAA